GAAAGCCUAGAAGAAAACUAUGUGCAGGACAGUAAAAUGGGAUUUGUCAUCAAUGCUAUAUAUGCUAUGGCUCAUGGGCUCCAAAAUAUGCAUCAUUCCCUUUGCCCUGGACAUGUUGGGCUAUGUGAUGCUAUGAAGCCAAUUGAUGGCAGCAAGCUCUUGGAGUUCCUCCUCAAAUCCUCAUUCAUCGGUGUUUCUGGAGAAGAAGUUUGGUUUGAUGAAAAGGGAGAUGCCCCUGGAAGGUAUGACAUCAUGAACCUGCAAUACAUAGAGCCCAACCGCUACGACUACGUCCUCAUUGGGACCUGGCACGAGGGCGUGCUCAACAUCGACGACUACAGGAUUCAAAUGAAUAAGAGUGGAAUGGUCCGAUCGGUGUGCAGUGAGCCUUGCUUGAAGGGCCAGAUUAAGGUGAUCAGGAAAGGAGAAGUGAGUUGCUGCUGGAUUUGCACUGCUUGCAAGGAGAAUGAAUUUGUUCAGGAUGAAUUCACGUGUAAAGCCUGUGAGCUUGGCUGGUGGCCGAAUGCUGACCUGACAGGCUGUGAACCCAUCCCUGUAAAGUACCUCCAGUGGAGCAAUAUAGAGUCUAUUGUGGCUGUGGUCUUUUCCUGCCUGGGGAUCCUGGUCACCAUGUUUGUCACCCUUAUCUUUGUGCUCUACAGGGACACCCCUGUUGUCAAAUCCUCCAGCCGGGAGCUCUGCUACAUUAUCCUUGCUGGCAUCUUUCUGGGUUACGUCUGCCCUUUCACCCUUAUAGCUAAACCCACCACAACAUCCUGCUACCUCCAGCGCCUUCUGGUGGGUCUCUCUUCUGCCAUGUGCUAUUCUGCCCUUGUGACCAAAACCAACCGCAUUGCACGCAUCCUGGCAGGCAGCAAAAAGAAGAUCUGUACCCGCAAACCACGUUUCAUGAGCGCAUGGGCCCAAGUGGUCAUUGCCUCCAUUUUGAUCAGCGUGCAGCUGACACUGGUGAUCACACUGAUCAUCCUGGAGCCCCCAAUGCCCAUCCUCUCCUACCCCAGCAUUAAGGAAGUUUACCUUAUCUGCAACACCAGCAACCUAGGCGUCGUGGCUCCUGUGGGCUACAAUGGACUCCUCAUCAUGAGCUGCACGUACUAUGCCUUCAAGACUCGCAAUGUGCCUGCCAAUUUCAAUGAGGCCAAGUACAUUGCAUUCACCAUGUACACCACUUGUAUCAUCUGGCUGGCCUUUGUGCCUAUCUAUUUCGGGAGCAACUACAAGAUCAUCACCACCUGUUUUGCAGUGAGCCUGAGCGUGACAGUGGCACUGGGGUGCAUGUUCACUCCUAAGAUGUACAUCAUCAUCGCCAAGCCUGAGAGGAACGUCCGCAGUGCCUUCACCACCUCAGAUGUGGUGCGUAUGCAUGUCGGGGAUGGCAAGGCACCUUGCAAGUCCAACACUUUCCUCAACAUAUUCCGGAGAAAGAAGCCAGGGGCCGAAAAUCCAAAUUCUAAUGGAAAGUCUGUGUCAUGGUCUGAACCAGGUGGAAGACAAGCUCCCAAGGGGGAACACAUGUGGCACAGACUCUCAGUGCAUGUGAAGAGCCAGGAGACAGGGUGCAAUCAGACAGCGGUGAUCAAACCCCUCACUAAAAGCUACCACGGCCAAAGCAAGAGCCUGACCUUUACUGACAUCAGUAGUAAGACUCUGUACAAUGUGGUGGAGGAAGAAGAUAGAGAGCCCGUUCGCCUCAACCAGCCCGGCAGCCCCUCCAUGGUGGUGCACAGGCGGGUGGCGACGACCCCCCCGCUGCAGGCCAUGGCGGAGGAGCCCCCCCUCUUCUUGCCUGAGCACCCCCCCAAGCCCCUGCCCCUGCAGCCGCGGUCUCUCAUGGACCAGCUGCAAGGAGUGGUCAACAAGUUUGCCACCGGUAUCCCCGACUUCAACGCCGUCCUCCCCGCACCCGGCUCGGGGAACGGCGUGCG